AUGUCGGAAUUGAACGGGUCGUAUGACGAACCGCAGGCCUGGCAAGAUGGCAGAACAGAAAAAGACGUCCAAGAAAGGACGACACUGGCUAUCGGCAUAACUUCCCUUGUGCUGUUGGGUGCUGUUGCCGGGGUUGGAUUUCUCGCUUAUAGAACAGUGCAAGAACAAAACACUGCACCAGAUUCAGAUUCCAGCACCCAGUCACCUAAUUUAAGGACAGCACAGUUGACAGCUAUACCGUCUACUACAGCAAUUGUACAUGCAUCGACAAUGAAGCCUCCCACCUACAUCAGAGGAGGCACAUCAUGGCUUACGUGGGAGCAAUGGACAAACUGUGAUGUUACGUGUGGUGUAGGUGUCCAGAUACGAACUAGAUCAUGCUACACAACACUGUCUACCAAAAUAUGCACCGGAAAUCCACAACAAGCACGGACUUGUGCUGAUUGGGAAUGUCCAAGUUGCUUAAACCGGUGCAUAGAAGGAAUAUAUCGCGACGACUGCGUGGUUUGUGUUUGUGAAAACGACGUUGUCAUAGCGACAGUUAAUGAUAUAGCAGGUCGACCAGUGCACAAUGUUCGCAUUUCAAGAUCAGAACAGCCUCAUGCUACUGUGGCUACAACAGAUGAAAAUGGUCAAUUUAGAAUAGAUGGUGUUUGUAUAUAUUCGUCUGUACUGAUUGUGGAAAAAGAGCAAUUCUUAACGAAACGUGUGAAUACAUCAACUUCAUCGGUUGAAACCAAUCUCGGUGGCAGAAUUGCGUCAUUGAACAUAAAAAUUGAUAGAAUAGAGCCUCUAAGAAUAACAGACCAUCCCGAGGACCAAGUUAGUUAUACUGGACAGAAUGUAUCAUACUAUUGUUUAGCACAGAGUAACCCACAACCAACAUACUACGAAUGGUUUAAGGAUGGAAUUAUAAUUGACGAAGUCGUUUACGGACACAACAAUCUGCUAUACCUAUAUAAUGUUAGUAAAUCUGACGAAGCCCUGUACACAUGUCGAGCCAAUAGCGAAGUAGGAUCUAUGUAUUCACUUGGAGCAUCACUUACUGUAAUUGAAUCGGAUGAGGAAAUUUGUAAUCCAACGCCUAAACAAGAAUUAAUAGAACUGCCUGAAGAGUGCAGAGAUGUUUCGUCUGAGAAACGUUACUAUAACAUUGAGCCUCUAAGAAUAACAGACCAUCCCGAGGACCAAGUUAGUUAUAUUGGACAGAAUGUAUCAUACUCUUGCUUAGCACAGAGCAACCCACAGCCAUCAUACUACGAAUGGUUUAAGGAUGGAAUUAUAAUUGACGAAGUCGUCUACGGACACAACAAUCUUCUAUUCCUAUAUAAUGUUAGUAAAUCUGACGAAGCAAUGUACACAUGUCGAGCCAAUAGCGAAGUAGGAUCUAUGUAUUCACUUGGAGCAUCACUUACUGUAAUUGAAUCGGAUGAAGAAAUUUGUAAUCCAACGCCUGAACAAGGAUUAAUAGAACUGCCUGAAGAGUGCAGAGAUGUUUCUUCUGAGAAACGUUACUAUGACAUUGGUAAAUGUAGCAACAAACUUUGUCCUGGUUGCCAGGAUACCAUUUGCAGUGUAUCACAGGAUAAUUGUUGCAUACCUCUGUUAUAUAGUACACAUAACAUAUCAUGUGAUACGUUUGACAUGGUAGUGUCUGUAAUAACUCGAUGCAGUUGUGGUCCAUGCUUAAAACAACAAGUUAAGGUGGAGGUCGAGUUGUAUCCGCUGUUGAUAGAUCACCUCUCCGAGCUGCGAAACUUCUCAGUGAAAAAGUUGAAAUUGCGCAAACAAACAGCAAAGCACUUCAGAUACGUGCCGCCUUCUAUAACCCUUAAUGCGAGCGAAACAUCAAGUAUUCCCCUUGGCGGCUCAGAGGUAACUCCAUCUAUGGAACUUGAUAUACCAGCAGGUGCUUUUCACAGCGAAGAUGGCUCUGUGUAUGAAGGGAAUGUUAAAGGUAGUAUAACAUUUACAGAUCCAAUAGCAGAUGACGAAAACGACAAUCCAUUGCGAGUUGACGGAGACAUGGAAUUAUUCAUCGAUGCCGAGAAGGCUAAUAUAGAUCCAUCAUCAGACGAUUUGCCACACCUCUGGUUUUUAAAUCAGGAGUCAGGGGAAUGGGAAAAUAUUGGCGAUCUUCGAGUAUCAUCUGAGAAUCGUAAAAAAAGAAAUCUUGAAUCACGUACAUUUCUUGUAGGAAAUAUCAAUGUUCUUGCUUACGACCUAACUGAUCUACCUGCAUGCAACAUUGACCAAUUUGUAAACACGAGAAACGUGUGUUACCUCAAAGUCAGAGUUUAUGAAGGUGAAACUAUGUUACACCCACUCUCUGGUGUGGAACUAACCGCUAUAACAAAUGAACAAAUUGUGUUUGAUAGAUAUGCACCCGAUUUUGGAAGAGGUCGUUUCAGCUUUUUUAACAGGGCUACUACUGGUGUGGAUGGAAGUGCAUGUGUGCGGACUUUUUGUGCUCGCAAUGAUUCGUUUUACGUCAUUAACGUCAGUACAAAAUACGUAGGAACUUACUUAACUGUACAUGACCCAAGGAGCGUGUCUGCUGCAAGUCAUUCUGGAACAUGGCCACAAGAUUUAUUAAAUACUGUGGAAUUGAGUGAUGGAUCAACCGAACCAUCUAUUUUCAUCACGAUGAAGGGCCUCACGCCACAAAUGGCUGACAGCAAGAGCUAUUAUGGAGGGUGGUGGUACUAUGAUUACAAAUAUGAAUAUGAACUAUAUGAUUAUGAACAGUAUGAAAACCGUGAAUUCGGUCCAUUUUAUUGGCAUUGGUGGGAUUAUUAUUUAGCUAAAGACGCAUGCAUGAUGGCUAAUAAUACUGAAAAUCACGUUGUGUUUACAGGAAAGGGAAGACAUGGUGAUGCAUUUGCAUAUAACACUGAGCCAUACGAUAUAUGGAACAGUAAUGACGACUACGAAAAACUGCGUACUGAAUUGUCAUGGUAUCCUUAUGAAGGUGAGUUGAAACGCUCAUGCUUUAUAAAGAUAUUGGUUGAUAGCGACAGAAGUGAACGGUUCCGAGUGUCUAGUUUUGGCGGAGGAAGCACUGCUGCUGGAGACGCAAUGUAUGGUAUCCGUAUAGAUUAUUCUAAGCCAAAUCCUCCUAAUUCUGAAAUUUCUAAUAAGACUGCAGCUUGUAUUGAAUUCAAAUGCAGUGGAUUCAUUCGUACAGGAGACCCGUAUGAAGAAGAUGGCGUUUUAGGAGACGACCAGACAGUCAUGGAAAUAGCUCCCACGUCUACUUCAUACAAGAGAUGUAUAUUGAAAUACCCAGAUCAAGUAAACACGCAUUUUUUUGAUUUUGUAAUUUCGUCAGAUGUGCAAGACGAAUACAGACGUGUUCGUGUAAAGAUUCCGUCCAACACCCUAUAUCCAGAUAUCAAGACAGGCUUGUACGCAUCAAGUGGUAGUGGAAAUACUAGCUAUGUAAACGUGAUGGAGAACUGUUAUGCCGGAGAUGAGAGAGCAAGUCUAAUCAAUGGUUAUCCAGAUAGACCUGGGCAAAAUUAUGCAUUAGAAUACGAGUGCACAACAAAUACAUAA